ACGGCGUGUUUCGCUUCCGGGGCCGGCGGGGUCGCGGUGGCGGCGCGAACGAGGCGGGAGGUGGGGCCUGCAGCGGAGAAGCCGCUUCCAUGGCGCUGAGUCUGGACCGUGAGGCCUACUACCGCCGCAUUAAGCGUCUCUACAGCAACUGGCAGAAAGGGGAAGAUGAAUAUGCCACCAUUGAUGCUAUCGUGGUCUCCGUUGGUGUGGACGAAGAGACUGUCUAUGCCAAGUCCACUGCCCUGCAGACGUGGCUUUUUGGCUAUGAACUCACCGACACCAUCAUGGUCUUCUGUGAGGACAAGAUCCUCUUCAUGGCCAGCAAGAAGAAGGUGGAGUUUCUGAAGCAGAUUGCAAACAGCAAGAGCAAUGAAAGUACCAACGGGGUGCCAGCCAUCACGUUGCUUGUGCGGGAAAAGAACGAAAGUAACAAGGCCAACUUCGACAAGAUGGUCGAAGCGCUGAAGGCCAGCAAGAACGGCAAGCGCAUCGGCAUCUUCAUCAAGGACAAAUUCCCGGGAGAAUUCAUGAACAGCUGGAACGAUUGCCUCAGCAAGGAAGGCUUUGAGAAGGUGGAUAUCAGCGCUGUGGUGGCUUACACCAUUGCGGUGAAGGAGGACGGGGAGCUCGCCCUGAUGCGUAAAGCAGCCGCCAUCACCACGGAGGUCUUCACCAAGUUCCUGAAGGAGCGGGUUAUGGAGAUCGUCGACGUUGAUGAGAAAGUACGGCACAGUAAGCUGGCAGAGUCGGUAGAGAAAGCCAUCGAGGAGAAGAAAUACCUCUCCGGGGCCGAUCCCUCCACUGUCGAGAUGUGCUACCCUCCCAUCAUUCAGAGCGGCGGUCAUUACAAUCUCAAAUUCAGCGUGGUCAGUGAGAAGAACUACAUGCACUUUGGAGUGAUCACUUGUGCCAUGGGUAUCCGAUACAAAUCCUACUGCUCCAACCUGGUGCGCACGCUCAUGGUCGACCCGCCUCAGGAGAUGCAGGAGAACUACGCUUUCCUGCUGCAGCUUCAAGAAGUGAUGCUCAAAGAACUGCGGCACGGUGUAAAACUGUGCGAAGUCUACGCUGCUGUCAUGGAUAUGGUGAAGAAGCAGAAGCCGGAGCUCUUGAGCAAAAUCACCAAAAACUUGGGAUUCGCCAUGGGCAUUGAGUUCCGAGAAGGCUCCCUCGUGAUCAACAGCAAGAACCAGUAUCGGCUCAAGAAAGGGAUGGUUUUCAGCCUCAACGUGGGCUUCUCGGAUCUUGCCAACAAGGAGGGGAAGAAACCAGAGGAGAAGACCUACGCGCUGUUUAUUGGGGACACGGUGUUGGUGGAAGAGGAGGGGGGAGCUACUCUCCUGACAGCCGUCAGGAAGAAGGUCAAGAACGUCUCCAUUCUGCUCAAGAAGGAAGACGAAGAUGAAGAGGACGAAGAGAAGGACGAGGCGGCGGACAUGCUUGGGCGUAGCUCUCGGACAGCUUUGCUGACAGAAAGGACUCGGAAUGAGAUGACCGCCGAAGAGAAGCGACGGGCUCACCAGAGGGAAUUGGCUGCGCAGCUCAACGAAGAAGCCCGGCGGCGACUGACGGAGCAAAAGGGAGAGCAGCAGAUCCAGAAGGCUCGCAAGUCAAACGUCUCCUACAAGAACCCGUCCCUGAUGCCAAAGGAGUUGCACAUCCGCGAGAUGAAGAUUUAUAUCGACAAGAAGUACGAGACGGUCAUCAUGCCCGUCUUUGGCAUAGCCACGCCUUUUCACAUUGCCACGAUCAAGAACAUCAGUAUGUCCGUGGAAGGCGACUACACCUACCUGAGAAUCAACUUCUAUUGCCCGGGCAGCGCCCUGGGUCGCAAUGAGGGCAACAUUUUCCCCAACCCUGAAGCCACCUUUGUGAAAGAAAUAACGUACCGGGCUUCAAACAUAAAAACGCCAGGGGAACAGACCGUUCCAGCUCUCAACUUGCAGAACGCCUUCCGCAUCAUCAAGGAGGUGCAGAAACGCUACAAAACACGUGAGGCCGAAGAGAAAGAGAAGGAGGGGAUCGUCAAACAAGACUCUUUGGUGAUCAAUCUGAACCGCAGCAAUCCCAAACUGAAGGACCUUUACAUCCGCCCCAACAUUGCCCAGAAAAGGAUGCAGGGGUCCCUGGAGGCCCACGUCAAUGGUUUCCGUUUCACCUCUGUGCGGGGCGACAAGGUGGACAUCCUGUACAACAACAUCAAGCACGCCGUGUUCCAGCCCUGCGACGGAGAGAUGAUCAUUGUUCUCCACUUUCACCUCAAGAACGCCAUCAUGUUUGGCAAGAAGCGCCACACGGACGUUCAGUUCUACACGGAGGUGGGCGAGAUCACCACGGACCUGGGCAAGCACCAGCACAUGCAUCGAAUCGACCUAAUUCUUACCGAGCAGAUGGAGCGCGAAAUGAGACACAAGCUGAAAACGGCAUUCAAGAAUUUCAUUGAGAAAGUGGAGUCCCUGACCAAGGAAGAGCUGGAAUUUGAGGUGCCCUUCCGAGACCUGGGGUUCAACGGCGCCCCCUACAGAAGCACCUGCCUGCUCCAGCCGACCAGCAGCGCCCUGGUGAACUGCACCGAGUGGCCCCCGUUUGUGGUGACGUUGGACGAGGUGGAGCUGAUUCACUUUGAGCGCGUGCAGUUCCAUCUGAAGAACUUCGACUUGGUCAUCGUCUACAAAGAUUACAGCAAGAAGGUCACCAUGAUCAACGCGAUCCCGGUGGGUUCUCUCGACCCCAUCAAGGAGUGGCUCAACUCUUGUGACAUUAAAUACACAGAAGGGGUGCAGUCCCUUAACUGGACCAAAAUCAUGAAAACCAUUGUGGAUGACCCGGAGGGCUUCUUUGAGCAGGCAUGCUGGUCGCUCCUCUAUCGGCACGUCGAGGGCAUGCAGGCACGCUACUCAGGUGGCGGGCCAGAUCAACAGGGUCGGGCGAGCAAACCCCUCAGGAUGAAUAAUGAGGAGGAGGAGGACGAGGCCACGAGGGACUACUUCCGGAGGCGGUAGGAGGAAUCGGAUAACUCCAAGGAGUCCCUGGGCAGCGAGGAGGAGAGCGGGAAGGACUGGGACGAGCUCGAGGAGGAAGCACGAAAAGCCGACCGGGAGAGCACCCGGUACGAGGAAGAAGACGACCGGACCCGCAUCGUCGGCCGCAAGAGGAAGGUUCCGCCGUCCCAGAGCUCCAGUCACCAUCGCAGCUCCCACAGCCGCAGCUCCCACAGCCGCAGCCCCGCCCGAAGCUCAGGCCCCCCCAAGAAGAAGAGGAAGUAGAUUGCGAACUCUAGCCUUUGUCUCUCUCCCCCCUCCCCCCCAUCCCCAAGCCAAUUUUAGGGCAGGGGGUUAGGGCUUUGAGGCCCCAUCCAGCUGCCAAUGUUUAGGGCAUGGGGGUGGCCGGCCCCUCCCCAAAAUCUUCACAUCUUUCCCCUCGCGCACACCCUCACCCUUUUUCCGUUUCUCUCGGGGGAGGGAGGGGGGAUAUAUAUAUAUUAUUAUUUGGGGCGGGGGGGAUGGAAGUCAGCUUCUCCAUUUCGUUCCUUCUCUGACCAUUUGUACGGACCAAUCAGCUGUGAGAGAAACCCGGACCCCGCCCAUUUUGUCACCGCAGACACGCAACUGUGCCAAGGAAGAGGGGGGAGAGGGGCACGGGAGGGGCAGCAUUGGGCGAGGCUCAGGAAACGUGUUGGCAAAAAUGCUUCUCUGCGCUUCCCACCUGCUCUCUUCUCUCACCCUCGCCUUCUCACACCCCCCCCCCCCCUUGGCGGCUGUACCAGCUUUAAGCCCCGCCACCCUACAGCUCCUCUCCUGGACACACAGGAUCUUAAUUUGUCGUCUGAUCCAGAGCCUGUCGUUGGCCCGAAGUUUGCACCCGAGUUAAGACCAAGCGCUUCAGUGAAGUGGUUUCUGGGUGUGGCGGGGGGGUGGGUUAACGUGCCGUUUUGAUCGCUUUCUCAAAGCAAAACCCCUGCUGCUACCGGAAGAAUUCAUCAGGACAACCGUGAGGCACGCGAGAGGAAAAAGGGCUCCCUUUCGUUUUGUUUUAAAUGGUUCAGGCUCUGUCCGUAUUUAUCUGUUGUUGUUUUCUUUUCAGCCGGGUCUCCCGUGAGCAAGUGUUUUAAGAUGGGGAGGGGAACAGGAGGGGUCGAAUUCAUUGCCUGCCCUCUAGCCCCCCCCCCCGCCGCGCCCCCCCCCCCUGUUUUUCUUCUCGAGAGGGGUUCAUUGAUUCAGGGUGGGAGGGGGCCUUCUCAGAUCCUGUUUUUUUUUUUUCGUAGCCGUUAGCACUUGGUAUUUUUGACUUUGGAAAAACUGAUCAAUAAAAAAAUGUUUUUUUUUAAGGA